AAGCUGGCUAACAACGAUAGUAGCACGAGAGGUACUAAAAUAAAGAGAGAUCUACUAUAUGGCCACACCAGAAUAUGGUGAAAAAGGAAAGUGGAUGAGGGGCCUUACAGUCUUGCUUUAACAAGUUACAUUUAACACAGUCCGUAAGCACGGAGUGCAGUGUGGAGUGUAGAGAGUGCACUCAGGAAGCAUUGAUUUCCGUUUUAUACCCAAAUCCUGAUCGUUGCAUUGCAUUCUAAGUAGACUGCACUGUAUAGUUUCCUUCUCGGAGUGUUUCUCUCUACAAAGGGUAGCUGCUAUCAUGUUCUCGCUUUUCCUGAACUCCGCUUCGAAAUGCAGAACGCUUCUAACAACUAUCUUAUACUUCAUCAUCUGGUCCCUAUUCGCAUCUUCCACCACCGCAUGCUCUAACGGAAACUGCCAGGUUCUGGAAGCUUGCUCAGCCGCUACCGACUGUGGGUCCGGUCUCUACUGCGGCAAUUGCCCCGCUUUGGGCCUGACCCGGCCCAUCUGCACCAGAGGCCAAGCCACCGUUCCCACAUCCAUCGUGAAUGGCUUGCCCUUUAACAAGUACACUUGGAUAGUAACCCACAAUUCCUUCAGCAUCGUGGAUUCACCGCCUUUGCCUGGUGUUCAGAGAUUAACAUUUUACAAUCAAGAAGACACUGUGACUAAUCAAUUGAGGAAUGGAGUGAGGGGACUGAUGCUGGAUAUGUACGACUUCCAGAAUGAUAUCUGGCUCUGUCAUUCGUUCCGAGGGCAAUGCUACAACUUCACUGCAUUUCAACCUGCUGUAAAUACUUUGAAAGAGGUGGAAGCAUUCUUGACGGAAAAUCCAACUGAGAUUGUCACCAUCAUAAUUGAAGACUACGUGCAUACUCCAAAGGGGUUGACUAAUCUAUUUGCAAGUGCUGGACUGGAUAAGUAUUGGUUCCCUCUGUCAAAGAUGCCAAGAAAGGGUGAUGAUUGGCCUACUAUAACGGAGAUGAUACAAGUGAAUCACCGGCUUAUUGUUUUCACUUCUGAUGCAUCAAAGGAAGCUGAAGAAGGAAUAGCCUAUCAGUGGAAGCACAUGGUUGAAAAUGAGUCUGGAGAUCCUGGCAUUCGAAAGGGUUCUUGUCCACAUAGAAAAGAAUCAAAGGCACUAAAUUCUAGAAGUUCAUCACUUUUCUUGAUGAAUUACUUUCCAACGUAUCCAGUUCAAGCUGAGUCGUGCAAAGAGCAUUCAGCUCCACUAGCAGAGAUGGUUAAUACAUGUUACAAAGCUGCAGGGAAUGUGCUACCCAACUUCAUAGCUAUUAAUUUUUACAUGAGAAGUGAUGGAGGUGGUGUCUUUGAUAUUACGGAUAGAAUGAAUGGCCAAACAUUGUGUGGGUGCAAUACAAUCACUGCAUGCCAGGUUUGUCUUCAUCUCUUUUCAAAAGGUUAUGUAUUGUCUUCAAGUCAUUCUGUGAUGAUUUCUUUCUUCCAUUAAUCUUCUAUUCAUAGA